AAGCUUUCAGUUGCCAUGUCUGUUCAUAAACUAAUUUUUUUUCUCUCUUCAUUUACAGUUACCUUGUCUCACAUCACACAGCUGGUUUUGAGUCACAACAAGCUUACAACUGUGCCAGCAAACAUCGCAGACCUGAGAAACAUAGAAGUGCUCAACUUUUUCAACAACCAGAUUGAGGAGCUGCCUACACAGAUUAGCAGCCUUCAGAAGCUCAAACACCUGAAUCUUGGCAUGAACAGAUUAAAUACCUUGCCAAGGGGGUUUGGAUCUUUACCAGCACUGGAGGUUCUUGACUUGACUUACAACAACUUAAAUGAAAAUUCUCUACCUGGAAACUUCUUCUAUCUGACCACCCUGCGUGCACUCUAUCUAAGUGACAACGAUUUUGAAAUCCUGCCGCCAGAUAUUGGGAAGCUCACAAAGUUGCAGAUACUGAGUCUUAGAGACAAUGACCUGAUAUCACUGCCUAAAGAAAUUGGGGAGCUCACUCAGCUUAAGGAACUUCAUAUCCAGGGAAAUCGUCUUACUGUGUUGCCCCCAGAACUAGGUAAUUUGGAUUUGACUGGUCAAAAGCAAGUCUUCAAAGCAGAGAACAAUCCUUGGGUAACCCCUAUAGCUGACCAGUUCCAGCUGGGAGUGUCUCAUGUUUUUGAGUACAUUCGAUCAGAAACAUACAAAUAGUAAGUAUCAUGUGACACUGUUCUGUGCUAUCAGUGAUGAUUUUUUUUUCCUGUAGUGUGCUUAACAAAAUGUUAUCAGCUACACCCUUCUUUCAUAAUCCAUGCAUUAGCUAGGGAUUUGGGGUAAAUAUGCAAACUGUAAACUUAUAUUGAAGAGUUUUGCUAACAGAAGAGUAAAUAAAUGCGAUUUAGACACAUUAAGGAAGUACAGAGAUUGCUCAGUAUUGUCCUACGUUUGUUGUAAGAACUGUUGGGUAACGUGAGGAAGGUGAAAGAGCACAAAUUACAAACCUUAGGGAUAUUAAUUUUAAGUAAGCGCAGUAAGGUUUUUUAUAGAUUGAAAUACGUGUUCAUUGAUGGCUUUGGCUGUGAGUUGUUGUGUGUUG